AUGCAAGGCGUUAUGUCGGGCCCCAAGGGCCAAGUUGGUGCCGGUGGUGAUGGUGGUGGACGCCCACCGCCCGCUCCCCAGAAACGAUUUGGUGGUUGCGCCUCUUCGGGAGGCAAGAAAACGAUUAUAGAGAAGAACAAGAAGAAGGACGAGGCCAAAAAGGCCAAGAACAAGAGUUCUGGCGGCGGUGCUGGCGCCGAGGCGACAGAAGCUGUUAAAAAUGCCCGCAAAGAGCUUGCCGCUAUGACUCUGCCAGCCAAAAGGGCCAAGGUUGAAGUCGAUGAAGAGGAUGACCAGGUGUUAAUAUCUGGUUCUCCGCAGAACUGGCGCAGCUCUGGCCGCGCUUCAGCACUUGUGGCUCGCAGCAAAGGAAAAGCUUCUGCUAUCUUUGCUAGCUCUUAUAUUAGCGUAGACGAAGACGCCAGGGAGGUAGAGCCUCCUGUCUCCGACUAUAAGGACAUUACCGCUUUUCAUAGUGGAAACGACAGCGACGGCAGUUAG